AUGAGCAUCAAUGCGGAUCCAUAUGGCCUGCCAGAGGGUGGCACUACAACGACUGGACAGCUUGUGCUGAGUGUUGCCCAGAGCGGUUCCGACCAGGGCCUCAAGUGCUUUGACACCUUGGUCAAGGUGGUCUGCAAUGCACUUGACAAGCCAACAGAGCCCAGGUACUCUGAGCUUCGGCGCAGCAGCGCUGCCGUUGACCAGGUAGAUGCUGUCCCAGCCUGCGCGAUGCUUCUGCGAAGACUGGGCUUCAAGGAUAUGGGUGACCGGUACCGCUUGCAGACAUCAGGAGUACGCGCUGCCGAGGUUGCUCGUUUCCAAUGUGCCUUAAAUGACCUGGAGCAUUGCAGUGAUCUGGUGGUCCGCUUGGCUCCCGCCAUCGAUGCCUUGGGUCUCCACUGGACAAAGCCCGAUGGGAGCUCGACGUUUGUGCCUGGUCCCACUUAUCGUGAACGCUUGGAGAGAGGUGCAUGGGCCGGGUCUGGGAGGGAGCUCCCUUCUGCGGAAGACGAGGAGGAUGCUGAGCUGCAGGAAGCACUUCGCCUGUCGAUGAUUCAAAGCUGA